AUGGCAACCGUAAUCGCUCGACCUAUACAGAAGGAGAGGGGGGAGAUAUCAGUGAAGGCCGAUGGUUUAAACAGCAGUCCUUCUGAUUCCAAGGAUCGGGUUUUCCUUGACACUUCGACCAUUGAAAGCCUGAAUCUUGGUGUGCCUUCAGAUGAGAAAAAGUUCUGGUGGCAAAGAGGCAAGGGCUACGACCCUGGUGCCAUUGCAACCCUCCCGUCUGUUUUUGACGAUCCAGAGACUGCAAAGCAUUAUCAGCCUCGUGCUGAUUGGGAGAACCUACAUCGUUUCGAUCCUUCUGCAAGAUGGACGUGGCGCGAGGAAUUUGCUAUCAUUCGCAAGAUUGACUGGCGGAUCAUGAUUUUCGCCUGUGUUAUGUUCAUGGCUCUGGAAUUGGACAGAGCAAACUUGACCCAGGCUGUGACAGACAACUUCCUUGAGGACCUGGGCAUGAACACGAAUGAUUAUAACUGGGGAAAUACUGUGUUCAAACUCAGUUUUCUUUGUGCCGAGUUGCCAUCUCAGCUGAUAUCGAAAUGGAUGGGUCCCGAUCGCUGGAUACCCACCCAAAUGGUUCUUUGGUCCGUCGUGGCCAGCUCACAAUUCUGGCUAUCUGGUCGGUCUAGUUUUCUCACGUGUAGAGCCUUACUGGCACUCUUGCAGGGCGGUUUCAUUCCUGAUAUGAUUCUCUAUCUCUCAUACUUCUAUAAGCAUGGCGAGCUCUCUCUGAGAUUGGGAUUCUGGUGGACUGCGAUGUCGAUCGCCGACAUCAUUGCCAGCUUUUUAGGAGCGGGCUUGUUAGACCUUCGAGGACACCUUGGAUAUGCUGGGUGGAGAUGGCUUUUCCUGAUUGAGGGACUUAUAACACUUGUUCUUGGCUUGGUAGCCUUCAUUUUGAUGCCACCCAGUCCUACCCAGACUGCCAAUUGGGCCAGAGGGAAGAAAGGGUGGUUUACAGAGCGUGAGGAAAUUAUCAUGGUCAACAGAAUCAUUAGAGAAGACCCAAGCAAGAGUAGUAUGCACAACAGACAGCCGAUCACACCAAAGCUGCUCUGGCAGAGCCUGUCAGACUAUGAUUUGUGGCCAUUGUACUUGAUCGGAUUGACUUUCCAGGUCCCAAUGACUACUCCUACCCAGUACCUGACUCUCACCUUGAAAGGCUUGGGGUUUGGCACGAUUAAGACCAAUUUAUUGGUCGUGCCCUCAACAGUCGGUCACAUAAUCACCAUGUUGACCGUCACGUACCUGUCCGAGAUCUCUGGCCAGCUUUGGGUCUGGGGUUUGUUUGCACAGUUGUGGGCUCUGCCGUUUCUCUCAUAUAUUUAUGCUGUCAAUAUCAACUCGAUUCCGAAUCGGGUGGAACUCCAGAAACUCAAAUUCGGUCCGCAGCAGGACAAUGACAGACCUCGCUACCGCCGCGGAAACCGGGUUUUGGUGUCUAUCUGCACUGUGAACAUCGGGAUCUAUAUAUUUGCAAAAGCAUACUAUAUUAUCCGCAACAAGCGCAGAGCCAAAAUUUGGGACGCCAUGACCGAGGAGCAACGUGCUGAAUACCUGGCGACGACGACUGACGAGGGAAACAAGCGUCUUGAUUUCCGCUUUGCUAGUUAG